CUGUCGUCGCUGCCUUCUUUCCUUACAGCGAGCGUUGUGUUGUCUAGUUUUUCUCGCCACACAAACAGAUUUUCCUUGUGCGAUUGCCUGCUGAAAUUGGGUUGAAAAGUGUGAAAAAUUGUAGCGUAAAAAGAAAAGUGUCACGUGUAAAGGUUUCUUUUGUUAUCCGUGUCUAUUUGAUCGAGUCCAGGCGUGGAAUGGUAGUUUCGCAAUCGGUCACAAUAAUCACAAGAACAAGGACUGCAGGUUGAGUAGAAAAAGCAGGGGCAAAAUACAGCAAAUAAAGGUUUCAAAUCGAGAACGCAAAGCUGAGCAGUACAGUUUGCCAAAAUGGUUUUAGCGGAUUUGGGUCGGAAAAUCACGAAUGCUUUGCAUUCGCUGAGCAAAGCCACAAUCAUCAAUGAGGAGGUUCUAGAUGCCAUGCUCAAGGAGAUCGUCACGGCUCUACUGGAGGCGGACGUCAACAUACGGCUGGUGAAGAAGCUGCGCGAAAAUGUGAAGUCGGUGAUUGACUUCGACGAAAUGGCGGGUGGGCUGAACAAACGUCGCAUGAUCCAGUCGGCCGUUUUUAAGGAGCUGGUCAAGCUGGUCGAUCCGGGUGUAAAACCCUUCCAGCCUGUCAAGGGUCGGCCUAAUAUUAUCAUGUUUGUCGGUUUGCAGGGAUCAGGAAAGACCACCACCUGUACCAAGCUUGCCUAUCAUUAUCAGAAAAAGAACUGGAAGUCCUGUCUGGUGUGCGCGGAUACGUUCCGUGCCGGUGCGUACGAUCAGAUCAAGCAGAAUGCCACCAAGGCGAGAAUUCCGUUCUACGGAAGCUACACCGAGGUGGAUCCGGUCGUGAUCGCCCAGGACGGGGUGGAAAUGUUCAAGAAGGAAGGUUUCGAGUUCAUCAUCGUCGAUACGAGCGGUCGGCACAAACAGGAAGAGUCACUGUUCGAGGAGAUGUUGGCGGUGGCGACGGCCAUCAAGCCGGACAACAUCAUCUUCGUGAUGGAUGCCACUAUCGGACAGGCUUGCGAGGCGCAAGCUAAGGCUUUUAAGGGGAAGGUUGAUAUUGGUUCUGUUAUCAUUACCAAGUUGGAUGGCCAUGCCAAAGGAGGCGGUGCUCUAUCAGCUGUGGCCGCUACCAAUUCGCCAAUAAUUUUCAUCGGAACGGGUGAGCAUAUCGACGAUUUGGAACCAUUCAAAACGAAGCCCUUUAUUAGCAAACUGCUUGGAAUGGGAGACAUCGAGGGUCUCAUUGACAAAGUGAACGAGCUAAACUUGGACGACAACGAAGAGCUGAUCGAUAAAAUCAAACACGGCCAAUUUACGAUACGGGACAUGUACGAGCAGUUUCAGAAUAUUAUGAAAAUGGGACCAUUCUCGCAAAUUAUGGGUAUGAUUCCUGGUUUCUCGCAAGAUUUUAUGACCAAAGGCGGUGAGCAGGAAUCGAUGGCCCGCAUCAAGCGGCUGAUGACGAUGAUGGAUUCGAUGUCCGAUGGGGAGUUGGAUAAUAAGGACGGUGCCAAGCUGUUCAGCAAGCAACCGAGUCGGGUGAUUCGGGUGGCGCAAGGUUCCGGAGUGACGGAGCGCGAAGUGCGCGACCUAAUUUCGCAGUACACUAAAUUUGCAGCGGUCAUCAAGAAGAUGGGCGGCAUCAAGGGACUGUUCAAGAGUGGUGAUAUGGCGAAAAACGUUAACCCGACGCAAAUGGCAAAGCUCAACCAACAGAUGGCGAAGAUGAUUGAUCCACGGAUGUUCCAGCAGAUGGGUGGUAUGAGUGGUCUGCAAAAUAUGAUGCGACAGCUGCAGCAGGGCGCUGGUGGACUCGGGAAUCUGAUGGGCGGUUUCGGUAAGUCUUAAAGUGUGACGAGGUGCGUGUUUCGGGAAAUUUAUGGCACUGGUUUGCUCCGUGGCCAAUCGCUGUUGGUCGCUGUUGGGGUUUCGUUCUUUUUAAUUUUAUUUUUAUAAAUCCAAUCUUGAUAGUUUAUGUUGUUGUAUGAGUAUUCUUACAUUGUUUGAUAUAGUGAUGAAGUACAUAGAAGAAGAAGUGAACAAUUCUUCGGCAUAAUAAAGAUCUAGGUCGAAUCAAUAAGACUUUAA